GGUCGGCCCCGGCAAGAUGGCGGCCCCCUUGGAGCUCAGUUGCUGGGGAGGCGGCUGGGGGCUCCCCUCCGUCCACAGCGAGUCCCUGGUGGUGAUGGCUUAUGCCAAAUUUUCUGGUGCACCCUUGAAAGUCAAUUUCAUAGAUAACACCUGGAGAGGUUCAAGAGGUGAUGUGCCAAUUUUGACAACUGAAGACAACACUGUUUCUCAGCCGGCAAAAAUACUAAACUUUUUAAGAAAACAGAAAUAUAAUGCUGAUUAUGAACUGUCAGCAAAGCAAGGGGCAGAUACACUGGCUUAUAUUGCUCUCCUUGAAGAGAAGCUUCUCCCUGCUGUGCUUCACACAUUCUGGGUUGAGAGUGACAAUUACUUUACUGUAACAAAGCCAUGGUUUGCUUCACGAAUUCCUUUUCCCUUGAGUUUGAUUCUACCUGGAAGGAUGUCCAGAGGGGCAUUGAAUAGAAUUCUCCUGACAAAAGGAGAGCCUCCCCUCUACCGUGUCCAAGAAGUAGAAGCUCAGAUAUACAGAGAUGCCAAGGAGUGCCUAAAUCUUCUGUCAAACAGAUUGGGAACAUCUCAGUUUUUCUUUGGAGAUACGCCUUCUACCUUGGAUGCCUAUGUGUUUGGUUUUCUUGCACCUCUUUACAAAGUACGGUUUCCUAAAGUUCAGUUACAAGAACAUCUGAAACAGCUGUCCAACCUGUGUCGCUUUUGUGAUGAUAUCCUAAACAGUUACUUUAGGCUUAGUCUUGGAGGCAUCUCUCCAGCUGGACAAGAAACAGUAGAUGCAAAUCUGCAGAAACUCACACAACUUGUAAAUAAGGAAUCCAAUUUGAUUGAAAAGAUGGAUGACAAUCUUCGCCAAAGCCCUCAGCUUCCUCCUCGGAAACUGCCAACACUUAAAUUAACUCCAGCUGAAGAAGAAAGUAAUUCCUUACAAAGGCUAUCACCCUGACAGUGGUCAUGCUUUGUGGUUAAAGUCAUGAUUGUUUUGGUAAUCUCUUAUAUCCACUGUGUGAAGGCAAAAGGGAAAUAACAUUUCUAGGUAAAAGGAAGACUAUAAAACAGAAGGAGACUUCUAUGACAUCUAUAUAUAUAUUUUUAAUUAGUAAGCUUGUAUUCUAGCUUGGCAUUGCAUUUUAAAUAAAGGUGAAUGCUUAAUGAACUUUGUGGGUGUGGGGGGGAACACAUUGUACUGUAUAUUAAAAAAAAACCUGCCUUAACCUUGGCAGAUUUUUGCUUUUGGUUCACAUGUUGCUGACCAAAACUACAAUUUUGUUCUGAAUGUGCAUUUUUAAUUUAUUCAAGUUAACUUAUUCAAUUUACUAACUUAAUUACUUCUUUGACUUGUCUGAGUACAUAAUAUGUGGCUCUUUGAGACAUUUUUCUUCAGUUUAGAAAUCCUAUGCCUAUUUUAGGAAGUAUGAAAAAUAUAAAUUACUUCAACAGAAAAGCCUGUAUUUAACUUUAAAAAGCAAUGAGGAAUGUGCUUUUAAACUAUGCUCUCAUAAGUCUAAUCUUCUGAGGGUUUAGUACCACAUAUAUAAAUAUUAAAGGUGGUUAGAUAUAAUCUGAUGAUAUGCACUUCAAUAUAACAUUAGUAUUUGCUGCUAUGUUCAGUGUAGGUUAGCAAGGGCUCUUUGAGUUGCUGGGUGGAUAUGGCAGCUUUAGACCUGCUUAUUUGUAGCACAUCUUUAAUUGUCUCAUUCCUGUAUUGAUUCCAGGAGAUCUAAAUGUGUUGGUCAUUGUUUUAUGUUAGGCUAUGAAAUCUUAAUGAAACUUGCCCAAUUGUUAGACACUACUCAGGAGGAGCCCAAGGCCCAGGUAAUAGAAAUACCCACUGUGCAUCUGGUCUGAGUUGUUCAUUCUUAACUCAGGCCAGUAUUCUUUCAUAAGAAGCAUAUCAUGUAGUCACGAGCUUUCUGACAACCAAUUAUUUUCCAUAUAUUUUAACUAUAGUUGAAGGAUCCAAAGGAAUAAUCAGAAAUAGCAGCUUUUUAAGACUAUUUUCUAUUUAUUGGUUGCUGAACUGUUCCAGGAUUUGCUGUGUGGUAAUUUUACUUAUAAUAGAAAUUUGCUUAUUUUAGUGGUUGAGGUGCUUCUGUUGUCCUAAAACCACUUCUGGGGUUUUUAAAUAUAGGACCAUGUUUUUGAUUAGUGUCUUAAAAGAUUACUAUGGUGCUCAGCAAAUCAUCAAGUCCUGAAGAAACCCAUAUGUUAAGAAAAUGAGCUUUGUUGUCAAGAGACUGGGCUAAUUUGAGUUGAGUGGAGCUCAGCUGUGUUUGACCGACAUCCUCCCAAUUUAUUCUGUCUUUAGGUAGCUAUUUAUACAGAAGUCUUUAAGUCAUUUUAAAUAUUUUUUCUUGAAAGUUUUAACUGAAUGAGAAACAAGAUAGUCUUCACAAUCAUAUUCAUCUGUUUGGAAGCAUUUAGGGAAAGUACCUACCGAUUUUCCCAUUGCUUCUCCAACAGAGGUGUGUGUAUGUUUUGUUCAUCUUCAAAGGGAGGUUAUUAGAUUGGAGCAAUCUGAAAUAUGUAUGAAUAUUUUAUAUUGAAAAUCAUGAGCAUGAAACUUUAUUGUUCUCUAGGAUUGAUGUAUAUUGAAGAAGAGUGGUUUCACACAUUAAUCAGACAUCUGUUUAUGCUUUAGUCAGGGUUAGUCAUUUUCAAUUAUGAUUUAUAUUAAACCUUUCAAAAAGCAUUAGAAGUGGCUUACAAUUGUAAAACACAUGUAAAACAGGACAGUUACAAUUAUUUUUUGAAAAAAAAAUUUGUAGGAAGAAACUAUAUUGGCACUAACAGAUUAUAACAUUGAAUGGUAAAUUUAACUUGAAGUUUCUCUAUGGAUGAAGUCAAAAGGUAAAGCUGGGUUAAAUAAGUUCUUUCAAUAAGAUUACUAAUGUGUAUGUGGAAGAAAAGUGUGUUUAAAUAUUUAUGAGAAUGUAGAAGAUCAUGUUCUUACAGUACACAGACUUCAACCAAGAAGUGUACUGUACUGUUUUAUGUGUUUAAAUUUUAAUCAAAAGUGGUCAUUUUAGUAUAAUAAGUAGUUAUCCUUUUUAGUAGAGGGGAUGACUAUAAAUAUGAUUUGUUUGCCAUUUGGUCAUCCCUGCUUUGAACUGCCUGUGGCCUUAUAUAAUCCAUUAUGCUUCCAGACCAUUACCUUUCCUAACAGGCAAAAUAUGAUUUAGUAAUUAAGAAUUUAUAUGUUGGGUUAUUUAGUUGAGCUAACUUUCUAUAAGCAAACAAGAUGACAGAAAGCUAUAUCUGAGCAUGAAAUACUUUAGGGCCAGCCAAACACAUAGGAAACUUUUGGAACAAUUUUUUAGAAUGGAUAAAGAACCUUCCUGUUCAGGAUAUUUUUGAAUAAAGUUUGAGUUUGCUGGGAAAAAUGGCCUGCAGCCUUAAAUAAAAUACUGUGAACCACUGUAUUUUGGAGGUGAUGGUGGAGGAUAAUGUGAUAAAGGGAAUAUGCUUAUGUUUUUUUUGUUAGUAAUACAUGAUUAGAAAAAUUGGUUAGAUAAUUCCCAGAUGUUGAAGCCACUCCAUCAACAAACUUCACAGUCAUCCAUAACAUGGAUUGCUUAAACAACACCAAAGAAACCGUAAAGGACAUUGAAGAUGAUCAUUUCUCCAAAACUGUUUUUUGAUUUCACAAAGGGUUGGCAUUAACAAAUCAAAUUUCAAUUUAGAUAUGUUUGAAUUAUUUUUGAGUACUAGAGGAUUAGAGAUUUUACAGAAGCAGGCAUUUUUAUUUCCAUUUGUAAUUUCUGUCCAUUUCAUAUUCCUAGGAUACAUUAACAUGAAGAAACAGGAAGGCUUAUUUCAACAGAGCUAAGUUAAAAUUUUUGGAAGUCUAUAAAAUUGGGAAAAAAUAAGAAGAGGCAGAAACUAGUCACAGUGAUGGUAUCUUAGAAAACCAAUUUGUUCAGGUAGCUUCAUGUGAUGAAAUUGAUAUUUGAAUUUGCAAGUUUGUUUUGCACUUCCUUCAAAAAUAUGCAUUGAUUUGUUCUGUUAGAUUUGUGGGGGCAAUUUUUCAUAAGCUAUCAAUAAUCUUAACCCUUUUAAAGUCAAAAUAAAAGUGCUUUAAUAUAAACAGGAAGCUAAGGAUAGGACAUGGGCUAUCUCUGUUCUAUUUUUGCAACAUCUUCUAAGUAUAUAAUUAUUUUAUUUUUUUAAAAGUAAAUUGAUUAUUAUCUACUGUAAUUUAAGAUUCUAUGCUUCAAACAUAGUAUUUGGCUCCAGAUGAAUAAAUACAGAAUAAAUUAAGUAUAAUUUUGAUUUCAUUCUUGGGCUUAAAGAAGAAAACUCAGGUGUAUAACAAAUGUUUCUCAAAAGAUCUACUUUGCCUUACCAAAAGAGAAAAAAUAAUGACCUAAAAUCAAGAAAUCCUUUUCCCUAUGAUGUCAAAAAUUAUGUGAUUUUAUGUUUCUAAUUAUAUAUUUUUUUCUUGUGGUAUCUUUGUUCACAUUUGAGGAUAAAAUAUUUUGAAGUAGUUCUUCAGUCUCUUCACAUGGGAGUUCUUCGUUUUCUAUUUAUUGUCUAGAUACCCAAUGUGAUGAGAAAUGCACUAAGACUACCCUUUUAUGAAGGAGUGACAUGUCUGUGUGCUUUUUGUUUUAAUCUCAAAGAGAGUUAGCAAUUGACUCUUUCUUGGUUUGGUUAUUUUUAUAAUUGAGAUUCUGAGCAGAGCAACAGAGAUAAUUUGGGAUGCGGUAAGAAUUUUUAUUUUUUGCCUUUUUUUAAAAAAAUAUUUUUGGCUAUUGUUAAGCUCUGUGGAAUUUAUAUUUACUUUUUAAUGCUUCCAUAUUUGUAAACAUAUUUUUAGAAACACUUGUCCUUACAUGAAAUCAAAAAUCAGUGAUUCUAAAUAUUCUCAAAGUUUUAAUUAAAGUUUCAUUAGCUCUUCAAAAUGCUAAUUAUCAUAGAGAUGUAAGGAUUUUUUUUUAACUUUUGGUUUUAAGGUUUGCAAAAUAAUUUAGCCUACAAACUAUUGUUUCUAUAUUGGGAUAUAGUGAUUGCUAGGAGACCAGAUUACUAGCUCUGGACUUUAGGAAAAUUGUGAUUGAGGUAGGGGAAUUUAAGAAGAUUUAAAAAUUAUUUUUUUCCAGAAAAUAUACCAUAAAUUACUGGUGAGAAUUAACUUUUUUUUUUCCAGUAUUGAGGACUGAACUAAGAGGCACUCUACCAAUAAGCUACAUCCCCAGUCUUCUAUUAAAUUUUAUUUUGAGAUGGUGUCUCACCAAGCGACAGAGGCUGGCAUUGUACUUGUUAUGCUCCUGCCUCAGCCUCCUAAGUAGCUAGGAUCACAGGGUGUGCUGCCACACCUGAGAAUUAACAUUCUUGAACAAUGGUAUGAUAUAAUAGAAGGAUAGCAUCAAGUUGGAUGUUUGUAAGUAAAAUGGAAGAUGUUGUAAUAGAAGAUUAUCAGAGUGAAAUAAGCUAGUUUCUUUUAAAAAACAAAAGUCAAGAAGAUAGUUUUUCUAUGCCCUCAUUAUUAUUAAUUUGAAAUCAAAAUAUUUUUAAAACACAUAGUUUUAUUGUAUCAGAAAAGUAAUUCCUAAAGGGGCAUUUUGGCAGAAUAUAUUGUUAUAUGAAUAGAGAAUUCUCUAGCUCAACAAGUUUGGAAAAUGUUCUAUUAGACAUAGUUCAGUUCUAUAGGCUUUUCAGAGCUUUUGAUAUGCUAAUUACUUUUUCAAUCUUCCAGAUUUCCAAGUUUUAUUUUAUUACUAAAGACAUAGUCCAAAGGGACUGUACGUGUCUGUGUACAUGUGCUUUUGCACAUGCAUUUCUUAGGAGGAGGUUUGUAGUUUCCAUUAAGCACCUCUAUUUUAUACAUCAUUUCCCUAAUUUAUUUAAAUGUAGAUUUUGUGUUGAAGUAGAUGUUUUGUGGGAUUUGUGUUCUGAGAAAUACACUUAGGAAAAGAGUCUUUUUGAUGUUUUGCUUUCAUUGCAGAAGUUUCUUUCUAUGUUGGAUGCCCCUCCAGUGACGGUGAUAAAAUGGGUCAGAACUUCUUAACUAUGGAAUUGAGAGCAGGGUGACUUUGGGUGUUGAUAGGUUGUGAUUUAGGUACAUGUGGGACCCUGGUCAGUCCAACCCAUUCCCCUAGAGUUGCAGUCAGCUUGGAAUAGCGGUCCAGGGGUCUGAACUGGUGGUUCAGAUAAUUAAUCACUUCGUAGGCAUCCACGAGACAGAAUCAACUUGUAAUGUCAGAACAAUUUUCCAUAUCUUUUCCAGGUGUGCUUUAAAAGUGCCAAAGAAGACAAUGGGCUUUUAUUAUAUAUGUAAGAAAGCAUUCAGUUGCUUCCAUGACAAGGCAAAGGAAGCUUAAUAUUUUCAAGUUUUAUUUUAUAACAGAAAACAUGGCCUAAAUGAGGAUUGUGUGUGCAGCACACUUGCACAUAUUUUCAUUACAUUUCAGCAGAUUCUACUCCUAAAGAGUUAAAACCUCACUGGACUUCAAAUUUGAGGUAGCUAACUAAAUAUGUUUUAUUUCAUUUCAAAGUAUAAAACCAGAUCUCUAAUGAGACAUAAGGCUGGUUUUCUGUUCAUUUGUUGCAAUGUAUACAGCUCAUGUUUUGGAUGUGUUUUUAAAAAAGCUUGCCCUUGGGCUUUGAGUUGUGAUGUGAUGGUGAACAUCUAACCACAUGAAAAGAGGUUGGAUCUUUGUUCUGUUUCUUCAGUUUUCCUCUUGCAAAGUCAGAGAAAUGCCUUUUAGUCAUUUAGUUUACAUAUCCCAGAUCCUUGGAAAUCACAAAAAAUGACUUGCCAGAGUUUGAAUCAGUCCUCAGCACUUCAUGCACUACAGAGAAAUCUGGGCUGGCCGUUUACUCUUUGGACUGUUGCUGCUUCUCCUGCAUUGCUGGAGUCUUUAUCUUGGAGAAGAAGGGGUGUAUUCAAACUUUUACAUUGAAUGCGUAAAGAUGACUUUUAUUCCCCUUUUGACUUAAUUUUUUAUUUUGUAAAAUAGGAGCUAAUGCUUUUCCACAUUUCUGGCCAUUUUGAAGUGGAUAUUUGAGGUGUUUGUAAGUUUAGCUUUUUGGAUGUUUGACAGUAAAGAAGACAUGAGAUAUAUGUUUGCAUUCUUGGGUAACUAAGCUAUCUUUGUAUAGAAAACAUCUAAACAUCUGUUCUAGUGUGCAACUACUAUAGUUUUAUUAUAAGUGAUCUUAAAAUAAACAAUGUUGGCCAUAAUUUCAAUAUUUCUAGCCUUGCUAGUGUGAAUAUAUUUCACUCAGAGACGAUGUAUAAAUACCCAGAAGUGGUAAUGAUGAUCAAUGUUGUAAAGAGUUUAUUCUGAUAAAUGAGAAACUGGAUAUAAUGUCAAAAUAGCUAUUUUCUCAAUAAAAUCUCAAACCACCUGAA